CUGGAGGCCUUGGCGUCGGCCGGCGCGGUCGUCAGCCUGGUUCUGUUCAUGGUGCUGCUCGCCAACGUGCCCUUCAUGAGGGACCGCAACCGCAGGAACGCGGUGGGCCUGCACGCCAUCUUCCUGGUGUGCGCGUCCGGCCUCUUCGGCCUGACCUUUGCCUUCAUCGUGGGGAAGAACUUUUCCACCUGCGCGUCGCGCCGCUUCCUGUUCGGCGUUCUCUUCGCCGGCUGUUUCUCGUGCCUCCUGGUUCAAGCCGUACGGCUCAAUGCCCUCGCCAGGACCAACCGCGCCCCGCGGGCGGGGAGCUCGUGCCUCGCCGCGUUGGCUCUGUGGUCGGUGGAGGUGCUCAUCAACACCGAGUGGCUGAUCAUCACGGUGGUGCGCCACCCGCUGGGGCUGGACAACUCCGCGGUCGAUGGCGACGUGGCUGCGGCUGUGCCCUGCAACAUCGCUAACGCCGAUUUCGCCAUGGCGCUGAUCUACGUGAUGGCGCUCCUCGUCUCCGCCCUGGGCGCAGGCCUGGGCGUCAUGGCGGGAAAACACAAGCAGUGGAAGAGGGAAGGCGCCCUCAUCCUGGCGUGCACCCUCCUCUCCGCUGGGAUCUGGGCGGCGUGGAUCGCCAUGUACGUCCACGGGAAUCGAGCCCAGGGCGGCGGCGGGCCUCGGUGGGACGACCCCACGCUGGCCGUCGCCCUGGUGACCAACGGUUGGGUCUUCCUGGCGCUUGUCACCAUCCCUCAAGUGUGCUCCUCGGCCGGGGACGGAGACGGUGACCUCGUCUUUGGGGAGGACGCUUACUCGGGCUCUGGCGUCAGCUACGAGAACAUCCUCAAGGAGCAGAACUCUCGCAACGUCUUUGCCGGCAACAUUGAGAACAAAGCCUUCACCAUGGACGAGCCCGCACAAGGUCCAAGUGUGAUUUUAUUUAUUUUUUUCUUACAAACAAACCAGAAAAAAUGGGAGUUGGUCUCAUGCUUUGGAUGACUGCCUUGCAGUUCAAGGGUUCAAG